CAAAAAAACCCUCUCUCCCCCUAAUCCAACGGCCCAGAUUCCCUCCUCAAUUCUUGCUUUCUCUCUUUCUCUCUUUCUCUCUCUCUCUCCUCUUCACUCCUUUUUAUCUCCCCCCUACUCUCUAAUCUUCCACUCCUUCCCAAACAAGGCCUAAAUAGGAGAGAGAAAGUGUGAGAAAAAUCCAUUAAAAUGAUGUUGGGAAAGAGACCAUGUCGUCACUCUAUGAAGAGGACUACAAGUAUGACUGAAUUCUCUUAUGAUGAUCUCUCUGUGAUCAAUAAUAAUCAUACACCAUCUGAUGAAACUAAGAAACAUCAAAAUGGUGUAACAUCAGAUCAUCAUCAGAAGGUGCAGAUUGUUGGGUCUACUAGAACACUUAGGCGCAACUCAGCUGACUUUGCACUUGAAUCUAAUUCUUCUACUCAUCGCUUCCUUAGAAGUUGCUCUCUUUGUAAUCGUCGUUUACCCCCUGGCCGUGAUAUUUACAUGUAUAGAGGAGAUACUGCAUUUUGCACUCUAGAGUGCAGACAACAACAAAUGACACAAGAUGAGUGGAGCGAGAAGUGCACGCACAAAGAAUCCAAUUCUUCUUCUCACUCUACACCUGUCUCCUCAGCUGUCUCUUCUACCAAAGGCGAGAAGAUCGCCGCGUUGUAGGGGCUUAAUGACAUAAAACGACGAGUUCUACUGUCUACACAUCACAAAAAGAAAAUAAAAAAAAAUUCCCCCCUUUUCCUUCUCCCUUUGUUUUGAUAUAACGUACAAAUAUGAAAAUGUUGUUCAUGUUAUAAUUGAGGGAGUUGGCGCCAAAUUUGUAAUAUGGGUUGGUUAAUUAUGAUCUCAAAACUUUGUCCUUGGCUACCUCAUCAUCAUUCAUCACUAUGGUUGUGUAAUGCAUGCUUUGGCAAAAAUUUGGGAGAUUUCUUUUGUGUUUUCUUUUUCAUGUUUAUCUAAUUAUUUUCACCUCUUGUA